AGAGCGAAUUAUGUUUGCGUAUACCUCCUGGCAGGCUGUGGAGUACGUCCCUCAGGGAGCCGUAUCCGUGGGGGCGAGGAAGCCACACCGCAUUCAUGGCCCUGGCAGGCCUCUCUUCGUUACGAUGGGGAACAUAUUUGUGGGGCAUCUCUUGUUACUCCGGAGUGGCUUGUCACGGCAGCUCAUUGUGUGUCCACUGAUCUCAAUGCUGGAAAGUACCAAAUUGUUUUGGGUAAGCCUUAAUUUAGAAGUCUUUCCGUUUCUGGGAGGUUACAGCACUUUUUUGUCGAAAGUACCGAUAGUCCCAGCCUAAAGCUAAAUAUUAAAACCGAGAGCUAAAUUAAACUUAAUGAACGCGCGGGAUCUAACUGACAAAACCAGUUCAUUAUGUUUUGUUGACCAUGUGAAAAUAUGGCCGAGUCUAGCCUGAUGACUAGGUGUUAUCGACUCUUGUCACCGUUUCUUUCAUAUUGCUCAAGGACAUUCAAGACAGUCUUGGAUUCUGGAUUCCGCGCCAUGGAUCCCGGAUUCCAGCUACUGGAUUUCGGACUCUUUGUCAGUAAAACUUGGAUUCCAGAUUCCUUGAGAUGUAAUUCCGGAUUCCAAAGCCCAGGAUCCCGGAUUCCACAAGCAAAUUUUUCCCUGAUUCCAGAUUUCACAAACAAAAAAAUCCCCUGCUCUGGAAUCCGGAUUCUAUUACAUAAGGCUGCUCUUGCCACAGACUGCGCGCCGAGAGAACGUGUGUUAAACAGCUAGGGAUGGGCGGAUUCGUAGUCAUUUUUUUUGUAGAGUGUAUCUUAUUCGUAAUGACAUAUUUUUAGGAGCUCACGAUAAGAAAAACGAUGGGGAAGUUUAUGAUGUUUCUAAAGUGGAAAUGCAUGAAGAUUAUAGCUCUUGGGCCGGGAUGAAGCAUGACGUAGCAGUCGUGAAGCUCUCGCGGCCGGCAAAACUUGGUAAAAAGAUCAGCACUGUUUGCCUUCCAUCUCAAGGGUCACGUGUCAAGAUUGGAACACAAUGUUAUGUAACGGGUAAGUACUGGAUGACGUAUGGGAGACUUGUUAGUGACGUCUGAUUGUUUACCUUCCGCCAGAUCACUAUAGCCUACACAGCAGGCGGUUUUUGGCGGCGUGUUUUUCCUUUGUGGUUUGUACCGUAAGAGGCAAGGCCGAGCGAAAGCCAAACACAGUUCAAACGAGAAAACAAUUGGGGAGGGGGCGAGUGGUAAAGGUCAGUGAGCCUUUUAGUUCUCUAGCCUCCUCUCCCUUCAUUUUCUCGUUUGACCUCUUACUUUCAGAAACCACGAAUCAUGCGUAUCAGAAUUGACUUCAAGAGUUAAAAGAGCUCGUUUAACUUAUUACUCUGUGACAUCAGCAGAGUAAAUAUCAGCCAAAGAAAACAAAACAAAAAAAUUGAGCGACAACAGUUGUGAAUAAGCCACUACGUACACUUUUUGCAAAGCAUCGAGUUUUUUUACUCUCAUCGCACAAAAAGAUCAGUCUGUAAUAUAAAACUGAGAUUCUCACCGAAAUGUUAUCAUACUUUUUUCUUUAUUUAUUCAGAAGUAACAUCACUGAACUCGAUGAGAAAAUGAGGCGCAUAUACUUGCGAGAAAACAAAGUUUUAAUUUGCCAACAAGGAUAUCGAAGGCGUGGAGAACGUCUUAACGACAAUGUCACCGCGAGGCAAAACAAUGCCUCGGACGUUCGCACGUGCUUUUUGAAUUUAGUACAUUUCUUGACUAAUCUUUGCAAAACAACCUUCCAAAAUACAAUUUAAAGGUUUUUAUUGUAGAGAACACAAAGACAUGAAUCAAGAUUAAUUUGCUUCCACUGACGUGUACAGCAUCCGUGCAACUAUAUGGAGCGAAAGAAAGUUUUUACGUAGAAAAAAAAUUUAACUCGCUCCCACAGGAUUGGUUUGGGACAGCAAUAUGGUCGCCGUAUAAUUGUAUUUGGAACACAAAUAUGGCCGCCGUUAGCGUCAUGUGAAAACGCUCUGUGGUUUCAAACUUUAAGAGUAUACUUCAUGAAACGAUAUUUUCCUUGGCUUUGAAUUCGCAUUUACUAUAAAACUAUGUACAAACAUUAACCAUAAAAGACUGCAAAGGACCGCAAACGAAUAUGCCGAAGAACGUAGGAUUUAUAAAGACCUGAUCAGCAAAAAUAAUAAUGUAGACAUAUUAAAUUCUGCAAGCAGAAUACUGCAAUGCUGAUCGUAGUACGUCGUAUUGAUGUCUUGCAGAGUUAAUUUUCACGUAGUACGAUCAGCAUUGCAGUAUUCUGCUUGCAGAAUUUAAUAUGUCUAUAAAAUUUUAUUUUCAUUUUUUUAAAGACAUAAUUGUAAACAACAAACCUUAUACUAUUUCCGUUCACUGACAAGGUUGGGGUAGAACAAGACCAAUCAUAGCUUCCAUAACUGCCGCGCGUUUGAAGCAAGCCAAGGCUCCUCCGGCCACAUUCAACGACUGCAAGACACAGCUUGGCCAGCGAGUGGAUGAUGACGUUAUGGUUUGUGUAGGAGGCAAGGGAAGUAGCCCGUGCCAUGGGGACAGCGGCGGCCCCCUAUCUUGCUUAGAAAAUGGGCGUUGGAUCCUUCGCGGCUCUGCCUCGUGGGUCAGCAGUUUUCUUUGCCGCAAGAGAAAGUACUCUGUGUAUGCCCGUGUGAGCUCUUAUAUAGACUGGAUCAAUGAGCGGAUUCAAGGCUGA